UCACCGCGUUCACUUCCUGCUCCCGCCCUGUCUCUCCAUAGAGAUGCCAGGUGCGGCGUGGGCCGCGGGGCCUGCCGGGAAGGGAGCGGCGUGCUUUGGGUUCGCGUUGUAACCGGCCGGCGGCACCGAUAACCCGAGGGCAGCGCUCAGGCCGCCGCCAUGGCGGGAGGCAGCAGCGCCGGGGAGUGGUGCCUCAUGGAGAGCGACCCGGGUGUCUUCACGGAACUCAUCAAGGGCUUCGGCUGUAGAGGAGCACAAGUAGAAGAAAUAUGGAGUUUAGAGCCAGAAAACUUUGAAAAAUUGAAGCCAGUACAUGGGCUGAUAUUCCUUUUCAAGUGGCAGCCAGGAGAGGAACCAGCAGGUUCUGUUGUUCAAGAUUCCAGGCUGGAUACAAUAUUUUUUGCUAAACAGGUGAUAAAUAAUGCUUGCGCUACUCAAGCUAUAGUAAGCGUGUUGUUAAAUUGCGCUCAUCAGGAUAUCCGUCUAGGAGAGACUUUGUCAGAAUUUAAGGAGUUUUCACAGAGUUUUGAUGCUGCAAUGAAGGGCCUGGCACUAAGCAACUCAGAAGUGAUCCGACAAGUUCACAACAGCUUUGCCAGACAGCAGAUGUUUGAAUUUGAUGCAAAGUCUUCAGCAAAAGAAGAAGACGCAUUUCACUUCGUAAGCUACGUUCCUGUUAAUGGACGGCUGUAUGAGCUGGAUGGGCUAAGGGAAGGACCGAUUGAUUUAGGUUCAUGCAAUCAAGAUGACUGGAUAAGUGCUGUGCGGCCUGUCAUAGAGAAACGGAUACAAAAAUACAGCGAAGGUGAGAUAAGGUUUAAUUUGAUGGCUAUUGUAUCUGACAGAAAGAUGAUAUAUGAGCAGAGGAUUGCAGAGCUACAGCGACAACUUGCAGAGGAGGAACCUAUGGAUACAGAUCAAAGUAGUAACAUGUUAAGUUCUAUACAGUCAGAAGUUGCAAAAUACCAGAUGUUAAUCGAAGAAGAGAACCAAAAACUAAAAAGAUACAAGAUUGAAAACAUUAGAAGAAAACAUAACUAUCUGCCUUUCAUCAUGGAAUUAUUAAAGACUCUAGCAGAACAUCAACAGUUAAUACCAUUAGUAGAAAAAGCUAAAGAAAAACAGAACGCCAAGAAAGUUCAGGAGGCCAAGUGAAGAUGACCUUGCAGAGUGCUUACAACUAUGUGCUUCUGAAACUAUUUUCAUGACAACAAAUAAAACUUUUCAUAAACAUUAAAUUUUGUCCAGCGCACGUUUGGCAAUUGUAACAGUUUGUCUUAUGCUGUAUGCACGGGUCUAGUUUUUUUUUCCUUCCCUUGCAUCUUGUGCAUGUAGUACUAAAUAAUGUUUAGGAUCCAUUGGUCAAAAUCCUUAUUUAAGUCUGGUUUCUGAAUGUUUGGAAAGUGGGCUUAAACGUGCAAGGAAAAUGUACCCAUUUUGUCCCACGUGAGUAUAUGGUAAUGAUGCAAAUGCCAGAAUUUAAGCAUGAGCUUUCUUUGCUCAUCCCUACUAACAAUUGUUCUGAUCUCAUCCUUGCUAUCCGGUGACAUGCCAUGUGUCUUUAGUUUUUUUGAAGUCCAUGUCUAAUUUUUUAAUGAGUUGAAAACUACAAAUCUAGCAGUAGUAACAUUUGCAAAGACCGAUGUAUAAUCUCAGAAGAUCUGCAUUGCUUUGGGUAGAAAAGAUAAAUAAAUAUUCCCAUUUUUAUUUUGGCAAA